GCGCGGACUGACGGAGCGCACCGACCAUGGCCUCCAAGUGUCCCAAGUGUGACAAGACCGUGUACUUCGCCGAGAAGGUGAGCUCCCUGGGCAAGGACUGGCACAAGUUCUGCCUCAAGUGUGAGCACUGCAAAAAGACACUGACGCCCGGCGGCCAUGCUGAGCAUGAUGGGAAACCUUUCUGCCACAAGCCCUGUUAUGUCACACUGUUUGGACCCAAAGGCGUGAAUAUCGGGGGCGCUGGUUCCUACAUCUACGAGAAGCCUCCAAAGAAGGCCCCUCAGGUCCCUGUGGUGCAAACUGAAGAGCGAAAGACUAGCGGGCCCCCCAAGGGUCCCAGCAAAGCCUCUAAUGUCACCACGUUCACUGGGGAGCCCAACAUGUGUCCUCGAUGCAACAAGAGAGUGUACUUCGCUGAGAAGGUGACCUCCCUGGGCAAGGACUGGCACCGGCCCUGCCUGCGCUGUGACCGCUGCUCCAAGACACUGACCCCAGAGGGGCAUGCUGAGCAUGAUAGCCAACCCUACUGCCACAAGCCCUGCAAUGGAAUACUCUUUGGACCCAAAGGAGUGAAUACUGGUGCUGUGGGCAGUUAUAUCUAUGACAAGGACCCGGAAGGCACAAUUCAGCCUUAGAUCUGCAGAUGCU